AUGUUGGAAAUUACCUGCUCCGGAUCACCUUACGAAAUUGGCUUUCAACAUGGAAGUCAAGCCAAGGAACUAGUGCACGGGAGCAUUGAAUUCUACGAUGAUUAUUUUCAGCGAAUGAGCAAGAUGAACUGGGCAACUGCAGAGGAUGUCGCUAUGAAAUUCCGGCCAUUUCUGGAGCAGCAUGUACCUCAUCUCGUUGAGGAAAUGCAGGGAAUUGCUGAUGGUGCCGGUGUCUCUCUGCCUGCGGUAUUUGCUCUCAACGCUCGAACGGAAAUUUCAAUGGGCAUGAUGGAUGACGGUUGUACCUCAUUGGCUUGGAAGGGCGAUGCCUUUAGUGUCGCGGGUCAGAAUUGGGAUUGGGAGGCAGCUCAAAAGGCCCGUCUGGUUAUUUUACAUAUUAAGCCCAAUCAGAAUGGCAUUACACCCCGAGCGAAAAUUAGUUUGGCUACGGAGGCAGGACUUCUAAGCAAGAGUGGCCUGAACUCUCAUGGCGUGGCUGUUUUCGUCAACGCGAUAAAAGCUGCUGGUGUGAAAUUCGAUGCUCUGCCCAUCCAUAUUGCUCUACGCACAGUCUUGGACUGUGAAAGCCGCCUAAAGGCGAUUGCUCGAUUACUUUCACUUACAUUGGGUACCUCGGGCCAUAUCAUGAUCGCGGAUAAAACAGGUGGAACAUCUCUCGAGUUUAGCCAUCUCGACAUCAUCCAAAUGGAGAUGACCAACGGACAGAUCGCGCAUACCAACCAUUUUCUUGUCAAACAUGACACUGCAGUCAAGGACUCUCACAUCUUCCCCGACUCAAUCACACGACAGAAGCGUAUCAUGUUACUUCUGGAGCAAGCCCGUCAGCAUGGGCAGGGCAUUAAGGCUCCAGCGGAGUCUUUUGAGAAGAUGUUGGAAGACGAGGAGGUUUCGUGGCUGAUCUCAAUAAGCGGACUGCUCGCCUAA